AUGGAGCAGCUACAUGAAUUUGAUGAAGAGCCACCAAUAGAGAAUGACCUCGUGAUGAUCGAUUCGGACGCGCAGGUGGAAAACGAAAGUGACGCCGGAGUUCGUAAUGAGGAGAAAGGUUUUGACAAUGAAAGCGACGCCGAAAUUCACCAUGAAGAGCAAAGAAGUGUUAACGAAAAUAAUGUUGAGUUCCGUAAUGAAGCGGAAAGAAAUGGCCCCGAAGAAGAAGGUGAAAUCCAAAACGAAGUCAAGAGAAUGGCUCCGAAAACGAAUGCGAGAUCCGCAAUGACGCUCAGGGCGUUAGAGCUCAGCAACCAAUCCAGCAGGCUCGUGACGAGAUAG